AUGACGCGGGCUGCGGCUAGGGCUGGCUGCCGCUGGGCGCGCUGCGCCUUCGUCGGCCUUCUCGCGUUGUCACUGCUGCUGGUCACGUCUGCGUUCAGGCCCAAGCCGAAAUUCGUCAGUUCGCUGCAGCACCGGCGGCAAGAGCCGCACCUGCAGGUGGAAGGCAGCCGCCGGGCGCCGCCGCUGUACGGGUCGUCUGCGGACGAACCCAGCGGCGUCACGAGCGGGCUGCAGGACGCUUUGCAGCAUAAAAUUGGGCUCUCAUCUGAGCUGUCCGGCAUGGAAGACGCGAAGGUGACACGCUUGGACGACGAGCUCGGCCUCGGCGCGCUGGGCCCCGACGUCAAGGUGCAGGACGAGCAGAGCUUCCCCUUCCAGGCCGAGGUCAGCAGGGUGAUGGACAUCAUCGUCAACUCGCUGUACACCGACAAGGACAUUUUCCUCAGGGAGCUGGUCUCCAACGCCGCCGACGCCCUGGACAAGCGGCGUAUACAGGCGGACCCGGAGGAGAAGGUCCCCAAGGAGGCGUUCGGCGGCAUCCGCAUCUUUCCCGACAAGGAGCACAACACCCUGACCAUAGAGGACGACGGUAUCGGCAUGACCAAGGACGAGCUGGUGAAGAACCUCGGCACCAUCGCCGAGUCUGGCACGGCCAAAUUCCUCAAACAGCUUGAAACUUCUAAAUCCACUGAUACAAACAACCUGAUUGGGCAGUUCGGUGUGGGAUUCUACUCUGCCUUUUUGGUCGCCAACAGGGUGGAGGUGUUUUCGCGGGCCUACGGCCAUGAGGACGGCCCCAUCUACCGUUGGAGGUCCGACACCAGCGGCAGCUUCAGCGUCGGCCAGGUCGACGACGAGCAGGUCAGCAGCUCGUUCAUGAAGACCGGCACGCGCAUCGUGCUGCACAUAAAACCCGAGUGCGACGACUAUCUGGAGGAUUACAAGAUCAAAGAGCUGCUAAGGAAGUAUUCCGAGUUCGUCAGGUUCCCUAUCCAGGUGUGGGUGGAGAAGGUUGAGUAUGAACGUGUGCCUGACGAAUCCACUGCCGUGGAGGGCAAGCCCGGGAGGUACAAAACCAUCAGCAAGAAGAGGCACGAGUGGGAGCACGUGAACACUCAGAUCCCGAUAUGGCGUCGUGACCAGGCGGACAUAAAGCCUGAGGACUACGUGUCGUUCUACAAGUCGACCUUCAAGGCCUACGACGACCCCAUGUCGUACAUCCACUUUAGGGUGGAGGGUCAGGUGGAGUUCAGCUGCCUGCUGUUCGUCCCGGGUUCGCUGCCGUGGGAGCUCAGCCGCAACAUGUUCGACGACGAAUCGCGUGGCAUCCGUCUGUACGUGAAGCGCGUGUUCAUCAACGACAAGUUCUCUGAGGCCGUGCCGAGGUGGCUGACGUUCGUGCGCGGCGUCGUGGACAGCGACGAGCUUGCGCUGAAUGUCGGUAGGGAGUACCUCCAGCGGUCCAAGGCGCUCACCGUCAUCAACAAACGCAUCGCAACAAAGGCCCUCGACAUGCUGAAGAACCUGAAGGCCGCGAACCCUGAGAGGUUCAGGAAGUUCUCCGACCACUUCGGCAAAUACAUAAAGAUCGGAGUUGUGGAGGACCGUGAGAACCAACAGGAACUGGCGUCGUUGGUCACGUUCUGGUCCACCAAGUCCGGCCAGAACCGUGUGUCGCUGGACGAGUACGUGGGCCGCAUGAAGCCAGAGCAGUCGGCCAUUUACUACCUCACCGCCGACGAUAUAAAAUCCGCCCAAAGCUCGCCCUCGCUUGAGAAAUUGAAGGCGCUGGACUACGAGGUGCUGUACGCUCUUGAGCCCAUAGACGAGUUCUGCCUGUCCUCGCUGACCGCCGCCAAGUACAAGAACAUCACUGUGCUCGACGUGAACAAGAGCGACCUGAAGCUCAAGGAGGCGGCGGACGGCGAACCAUCGCAAAAGCAGAACCCCGUGGAGUUCGAAACGCUGUGCGGCUGGAUGAAGGCGCUGUUCCCCGACGACCUGCACGACGUCAAGGUCAGCACCCGGCUCGUGGAGUCGCCUGCCAUUUUGGUGCAAACCGACUUUGGGUUAUCCCCAAGCAUGCAGCGCUACAUGAAACAGCAGGCCACGUCCGCCGGCAUGAACGACACUGAGCUGUUCGGCACGUCAAUGAUCAGCAAGCCCGUGCUGGAGAUCAACAUCGACCACCCGAUCAUCCAGCACCUCAACGCCAUGGUGAAGACCGACAAGCUGAGCGACCUUCCGCGGCAGGUGGCCAAGCAGCUGCUGGACGUGGUGUCGAUCCAGGGCGGGUACAGCGUCAAGGACCCUACGGUGUUCGCGCGGAACGUGCUCGACAUGAUGCAACGGGAGGCGAAACAGUUCCUGGACGCCAAAUCCGCGUCCGAGUCGUAG